AUGUUCAAUCAGAACGGCGGAACAACGUUAGUUUCUCAAUUACUUGACUCAAUCAAUGAUCAUCUGACAAGUGCUCAUUCACCCAUGGAAGAAAAUACUGAACAGCAAUCAUCACAAAAACAAAAUCAACAGCCACAGCCACCAGAAUAUGAAAUGUCCGUCGACAAUCCCGAUGAUGAUGAACUUUGGCUUAGCGGCCAUCGAUCGAUCUUUUCAUCGUAUGGAAGUUAUUGUCGUAAAGCGCCUGCUCAACUUCGUGAUAGUCAAUACGAAGGGUUCCAUUGGGAUUUAUAUGAAGAUCGUAAUUAUCACCAUCUAGCUUUCGAACAGGAACAACCGGAUGUUCCAGCUAAUUGUCAAGCAACAAGUCUUUCGGAAUGGUCAAUGCGAUUAAGUUCAGGUGUGAUUGGUGCUGAAGGCGAUACGGAAGAUGAUGCUGAUGGUGAAGGUGAUGAUACCACCUCAUCAUCGGAUCCACCGCGUACCUCAUGGCAUGCGAUAAAAUCAAAAUCGAUCCAUCGAAGUUGUUCAUCGUCAUCGGCCAACACAUCUGAUGGCGGCGCGCAUCGAUCACGUAGUCCUCUAACAUUGUACCGUUUAUUUCAACGUGCAAGAUCUCAACAACAUCCUUGUCGAAUCUAUCAAAACUUCAGUGAUAAAAGUAUUUGUGAUUCGCUAACAUCAUCAUCCUGUUCGAAUCUGAACAAACUAAAUGAAUCAACCACGCAGAAACAUAAUGUGCCUAUACCAAGAUUCCAACUGAAAAGCCCAACGACCUUCUCUCAAUUAAAAUUAAAUAAAUCUAGUAGUCAUAACGAUCUUUAUUCAUCGACAGAACAGUCAGUGACGAAGAAUAAAGUACAAUUCAAGGCUUCUAAUCAAGCUAGUUCUCGUCGUAGUGUUGAUCAAUGUCUUCAAACAUCUAUACAUGUUGACAAUAGUUCAUCACCUCAACCAAAAUCAGCACGUCGUUAUAUUCCCCGAUCGACUUCUCGACCAUUGAGUACACAAAAUCAUUGUUUACAAACAGACAAUACCUCUGUCACUCGUUCGAAGAGCGUUGACCGUUUAUUAAAUAACAAUACUCAGACUUCAAAUGCGAAUACUCCUAGUCAAACAUUCAAACUUCCAUCAUCUGCAUCUCAUUCGUCACUACCAACAUUGUCAUCUUUGCCCGAUCUCAGUUUUCUUGUUUAUUAUGCGAAAGAAAAUCCAACACCAUCACAACCUUCAUCAUCCGCCACGACAACACCUACAUGCCAUCCGGCACAUCCACAUCCUCCUUGUGGAAUGAAAACAACAUUUUCCGAACCAUCGUCAUUAACGAAGAAAGCAACACGAACUGUCUUCUAUUGUAGUUUAAAAGUGCCAUCAGCAACACCGUUAAUAUCGAAUCCCUUGCGACCAACAUCACUUCAUCCUCCUCUUCCUUCUUCUCUAUCAACAAUGCAGCGACCACGAACACUCAAAGAAAUUAAACGUAUCAAAAGUAUUAAAACAAGCCCAACAACAGUGGGUCAUAGUCCACUUCGUGCAUUACCACUUAGUCCAUCUGUUCCAUCUAAUGUCGAUCAUCAUAUUAAAGAGGAAGAAACAGCAACAUUCUCCUCGACAUGUUCAAGUACAUCCACAAGUGCAAAUAGUACAUCGAGUAGUGGCUAUUUUAGUAAUAGUUCAGCGAAUCAUCAACGUCACAUUCAAACACCGACAUCGUCUCAUCCAUUGAAAUCGUGUCUAAAACGAGCGAAAACUGAAGAUCUCACAAGCACACCAUUAACGACGACUCCAUCAACAACAGCAAACGUCCUUGCUGUUGGAACUGCUGGUGAUGUGUUUACAUUAGCUGCACAAACAUUAGCAGAUAGACUCGGUGAUCAUAUGAUGAAAACACCACGACAUCGACGAUAUUCUGCACCAAGCAUAUCGUCUCAUCAACAAACUCUUUCAAUCCAAUUACGAACACGCCAAAAAGGAUGUACAUUAUCGGAACAUGAUCUUCGUGCAAAGAAAAGUGUUAGUUUUUGUGAUGAUAUUGCUCGAAGACUAAUCACACCCUCAGCUAGUCCCAAACAUCGACCAACACCACCACCAUCUUCAGCGGCAUUUAGAUAUGAUCGAGAGUAUUGUGAUUUAGUCCCACGAGAAAGUUUGACAGACAGUCCACCGAGUGAAUUUAAUCUAUCUGAAGACGAAUAUGAAGAUGGUAAUGGACCACAGCCGAUGAACUUCACCGAAAAUGCACCAACAGAAAUAACGAAGCCAUUACCGGUUAAAUAUGGAAGUGAUAAAUAUCUCGUUGAUGCUUUCGCAAAUACAGUUCUUCGCAUUUUGGAAAUCAAAUGUGGUGAUCCUCAGUCAUACUACCUAAAUAACAUCACAAAUCGAGAACUCGACCGAACAUUACGUCAGGAUCUAUGUCCUCUUCUACGUGAAGUUCUUGAAGAUGGUCUUCGGCAAUACAGUGGUUCUUUAUUUUCUAAGAAAGUCAAUCUAUGGCGGUUGAUUGAUUUAACCACACCAACAACUGGUCGCUUUAACGAAGCAAAACUGAAAGCUCAACUUGGUUUAUCCUCAACAGCAGAUUGGACAGAAAAAUUUAACGGUUUUAUCUAUCAUUUACUCAACCUUCAUGAACUGGCUUCAUGGUUAUCACAUUUUGUAUCUCAUCGUGCAGUCUUUACUGGAUAUUAUGAACCCUGGGCAUUCAUACUCGUGCAUGCAGAUAACGAUCUUUUUGAACGAGUUACGAAUCAAUUAGAAAAGCUUUCACCAUUGCCAUUUCGUCUCAAAUAUACACAUUCAUCCACCGUUAUUCCAACAGCAAGAACAACAACAACAACGUCACCAUCUACUGCAGUUAAUCAACGACCUUCAUCAUUAUUACCAAAACGAUUCAACGUUCGAGCUUGGUUACGUGAUCGAAAAACUCAAGUCAAAAUUUCACCAAAGGAGCCACAAGCUCCGGCACUUCCAGCGGCGCCUACCAACAAAGCAUCUUCAUCCAAAUCAGUCUCUUCUACAUCCACAAAAUCAUCGACAGCAGCACCGCCUCCACCGAAUGUUUCUAUACGACGUAAACUUGGCUCAAUUCCAGUACCGAAACGACAUCAAACAGUGCAUUGA